GCACAGCAGUCCCACGCUGGAUCGCGCCGGAGAGAAGAGCAACAGGUCGACCGAUCAGGCACAAGCGGGGGUCGUUGAGUCUCAGGGGAAGAUGGGUGUGGCGGUUGUUGUUCGUCCUGAAGUGUCCAUGGUUUGCGACGCGGGGUCGGUUUCCCGUCCCACCGGAACGAGCAGAGACGGGUCCUCGUGGGGCGGAAAAAUACCGCCACCGAAGGACGGGGUCCGGGAGAUAGCCUUACGCCCAACCACGGCGGCUGGGUCAAGCGGUUCUCGUGUCGUUGGUCUGCUGAUCUUGGCUUUGGCCUCAGCCAUCAAGCUGGGCAACGUGGAAAGCAGCAUGCUGGUUGAGCUUCCGUCGGGCUUCAGGUGCAUUUGGAACAACCUGCCGCACCUUGUCCAAAUCGCGGCCAUAUUGCUGAUGGUGGUGCUGAUGUACGGGGUUAGCAGGGUCUUCGACAGGGCGGACGACGCCAUGUCCGCUCGACUGUCCUCCGCCACAGCAGCGUUUCUGCACGAGAGAAGGCAGCAUUACCCUCCCCGAGUUGUCUACACGGCCACGAGGGAGAAAAAAUCCGCGGCGUCCACAGCGGUACGCGAUGCAGCGUUCCAGCAUAAGAGAGGGCACCACGCUCAGCGUUUUGGUACGAGCGAAGGCACCACCACCCUCCCUCCCCGUGUUUUCUAGACCACCACGAGAAUCAGAGCUGCGUCGUCUACGGCAGCAGGAGUACGCGUGGAAUAAUACAGGAAGAGGCCCCACGUGUGUUUGCCCUCGGGCCAGCCACCACCGCCUGAUUGCCCUUUUCCAGAGAGAGGGAAGUUUUUUAAGUUUCAGGUUUGGAAUGUGGGAGUCCCCCGGUAGUUUAAUUUGCUGAGCUGCCUUGUGGCCAUGAUCACCCGUUAGAGGUGAGCGCCGUUUCUUGUGGUCUUGGUGCAUAAAAAUAAAAAUAAAAACAAGUAUUCGAAUAUGUUGUUGGUGCCUGUCCACGGAAAGCGAAUGGAUGGCAUUGUGUGUGGGCAAAUUUUUCUCGCCACACCGCUUGUAGAAGCAUCGAGAUGCAACAAGGGCCUUGGCACGGGGCGGGGCGGGGCGUCAGGAUACAUGACGUUCGGGCGUGCACUCGGUAAUAAGUGUCGGUUUUGGGUGUUCGUCGUAAGAGGUGAAUUGCUGCCGCGUUUUGUGUGCCUAAAACUGAUUCCUUGGAGUUGAAUUCGUCGAGAGCGGAACGUCCGUAUACUAUUUGGGAGAGAGAGCAUCUCAUGCACUCGAUUCGUAUUGUUGAUUUGAUGGGGGUCCAUCGUACGACGUGAACAGUUUUUUUGUUUUGUGCUUGAAGCUGGUUCCUCGGAGUUAAACUCGCCGAGAGAGGAACGUCCAUAGACUACGUAAGAGAGAGAGUGUAUCAUGCACUCGAUUCGUGUUGUUGACUUGAUGGGGGUCCAUCGUAAGGUGAACAACUUUGUGCGUGAAGCUGGUUCCUCGGAGUUUAAUUCGUCGAGAGAGGAACGUCCGUGUACAGGAGAACGAGAGCAUCCCUUGCACUCGAUUCGUGUGUUGAUGAGUGUCCAUCGUCGGAGGUGAAUCCUCUCUUUAUUCUUAUUUUUUCUUGAGGGUGGUCCUCGAUUCGUCGAGGCGGCAACGUCUUAGUGUGGGAGCAUCUCGUGCACUAGAUUUGUGUCGAUUGUUGACGGGUGUUCUCCUCUUGAGGGGGAAUCACUGUUAGUUUUUGCGGGUGAAGUGAGUCCCCGGAGUUGAUUUUGUCGAGAGUGGAACGUCGACACAUUGGAGUUUAUAGUAGAUAUUAUGCCGACUAUUAUCUACUGGCUGUUGAUGGAUACCAGCUAAGUGUUGUUGCUGGGAACAUCAUGAGACUGGUGCAGGCGAGGAAAAGGGAUGCGGCACAAUGGUUGCAUUCGUUAGUAGGUGCGCUUGCGAAUGGGUGAAGAGCCGAUGUUUGAAGCAUUUUGCAAAGAGUCCGAAACCAACUUUCUUUGAGCGGCUGAAGUUGAAGGAGUCAGGCCAGUCCCAAGAACUGGUUCAGUGAGUAAUGCUGUGAAUUCCCGUGCGCAUGACCAAAAGACAAAAAUACUCUGAUGUCACUGCUGUGGCAUGAACUGCGCUGGUACUGUACCUUCUGAUAACGUAGCAGGAAUGUUUUCGAGGUUGAGGCGCUUGUUUUGUGCGGCAAAGAAACAACAGGCCGGGUGAGACAACUAACAUACCGGGGUCGUUCGUUCUUGCAAGCUUUCAUCGGGUACAGUUGUAGGGAUGGAAGUUUCGUGUUCUUGUCCAUCACGUAAUAUUGUAUGUAUAUAUUAUUGUAUGAUUAUUUUACGUCCCCCUGGGCCUACUCGUCUUGGAGUGUGUGGAGGGGUGGGCGUCAAAGAUUGUUGCCCGGAGCCAACCUCAAAAUUGACCGUCUCGAUUGUGGGGGGCGUUGCAUGUUUCCAGCACUUGGCGGCAAGGAUACCGGUGAUGGAAGAGUCACUUGAAAUACAUUCUGCUACUGCUGUAGCUGCCGGUGACACGCUCCCGUUGGUAUGGGUGUGUUCCAUGUGGGAGCUCAUCUACUGUAUUUCACCGGGGAGGAAUCAGUGCAGUUGUUGCGAGAGACCAACUACUAGGUUUAUUGAAUUCGAGAGGUUCGCAUAUAGAGUUUGCAUGUAUCCUGAAAAAAAUGCUAACGACCAAGACUGGCUGUAUCAGAAAUCAAUCCAUUGAAACCCGA